AUGUCAUUUUCAGGGAAAGUGUACGCCAUCACCGGCGGCGCAAGCGGAAUCGGACUGGCCACGGUGAAGUUACUGGCCGAGCAAGGAGCCAUCGUGUGCUUUUCAGACGUCAACACAACCGCCCUGGCAGAGACCGAGGCUUACCUGAAAGAAAAGGGGGCAAAGUUCACCGCCACCAAGGUAGACGUGUCAAAGAGGGCGGAGGUAGAGGCCUGGAUCGAUGGUAUUGUCAAGGAGUUUGGACAGCUGGAUGGCGCCGCCAAUAUUGCGGGCAUCAUUGGCAAGCACCAUUCUAUUCACUCCGUGGGGGAACUGGAGGACGACGAAUGGGACAAGAUCAUUGCGGUGAAUCUGACGGGGUGCAUGUACUGCAUGCGAGCUGAGCUGCGAAAUAUCAAAGACGGUGGCUCAAUUGUCAACAUGGCUUCGAUCCAAGGAAUUACAGGUCUGCCAUAUCACGGGGCGUAUGGUGCCAGUAAGCACGGGGUUGUUGGCCUGACUCGGAUAGCGGCCAAGGAGUACGGCAAGCGAGAGGUGAGGGUAAAUGCGGUGGCCCCUGGGUCAAUCUACACGCCAAUGAUGCAGCAGUCGUGGGAUAUGACUGGGCGGCCUGCAGAUGCCCCCUUUGAUGAUCCCACCGCCUUCCAGAGGCAGGGAAAGCCAGAGGAGGUCGCCAAGGUCGUAUUGUUUCUACUAGGGCCGGACAGCAGCUUUGUCAGUGGGAGCGUUUACUCGGUGGAUGGUGCGUGGCUUUGA